CGUAUCUACGGUCGUUGAAUCUUGUGCCGUCUAUGUAUUUUUUUUGCGGCGACGCGCCCACACCAUUAAAAAAGUUUCUCUUCCGACUUACACUACCUUCACUCGCCUCACUGAAGGUGGAUAGUAUGUCAUUCGAAGAGACUGACACGUUCACAUCCGUUCGAGAGCUCAUAACAAGAUCUCAAUGCCCUAUCACUAUACUCCACUUCGACAACGGUGACAUUUUAGAAGAAGACAUCCUUCAUGUCUUUCGCACAAGGCCUACCUUGGAAGACGUGCGGUUGACCCACGUUGAAGGCUUUCUGAACCAAACCCUCUCCGAGUUGACUCCGAAGCUUGAUUCAAGAGAAAUUCUUGUUCCUCGCCUGCGGACGCUUCAUCUCGGUGGGAAUAUCGUGUUUGACAUGGAAGUAUUCGUCAACAUGGUGGAAGGGCGGUGGGAUCUGCCUCCCCAGCCCCUGCACUUCAAAUCUCUGCAACGUCUAAAGGAGGUCCAUAUAUGCCAACUCAUUUCAAUAAAUGUGCAAAACAGUGACGGACCAAUUACGACGACAGCCCUUUCCGCAUUGGACGCGUACGCAGCAGAGGGAUUAAACAUCACGUUCAAGACUGAAUACACUUUGACCACAGGAGAUAUAUGACUAGCAACGCUUACUUUUCCCUUCUUAGGAAUCAGUUUCGUGUUGCCAUCUUAUCUGAAGAAAGAAUACAUGAUGACAUACAUUGUAUGACGAGCGAGUCUCCCCUCGGAUUGUCUAGUAAAAGAGGUCACAACUAUUGGAUUGGUACUGCGACAUAGGGCUCCGUACAAUUACCUACUGUAUUACUGACAGCUCUCCAUGCGUGCCCGUUUUCCCCGAGGUCCGGAAGAAAAAAAGACUAAAACCUUUUGUUUCAUGGAAUCUCAUAUUUAUGACAAUUCCAGAUUCUGCAAAUACUCUCCGGGACCAUGAUUCUUAUC